AGUCUUAGUCAUUACCUCAGUUCGGAUCGAAGUUUUUCUGAUAAACAUCAAAAUUUCCCGUUUCUAAAUUUUGGAUAAACAUCAAAUCUAAUUGGAGUUAUUUAUUUUGUCUAACAACUUUCGAUUUCGUUCAGAAAAACUAGCCGAUAAUCAAGCAGUGGGAUAACAGACAAUUCAUUAUGAUGAAUGGAGCUCUUGACUAUUCGAAUGGUGAUAUUUUAUCACAAAACCAGCAAAAGGGAUGGUGGACUAUUGGGCUGAUCAAUGCCCAACAUAAAUAUAUGACUGCUGAGACUUUCGGGUUUAAGUUAAACGCAAACGGCGCUAGCUUAAAAAAGAAACAACUGUGGACAUUAGAGUCUUCGCCAACUGGAGAAAUCAAUGUAGCCAUAUUACAAGUUGAAGGAAGAAAUUGA